AUAUUACCUGUAACGUGAACUCACCACUAAAGCUCGGUCAUGAGUUUUAUUUUGAAAGAGGUCUUUACGAAGCAUCCUGGCUAACGGUGUCAAGAUGGCGAUGCCCAUGAGGAGGACGCUGUUGACCCUCCACAGAGCAACACAGAGCAAUUUAAAGAGUGCUGAGGCGUCUCUGGAUGUGCUACAUCCCAUUCCACUUUUGCUGCCAGUACGGACCAAGAAGCGGUACUUUAUUCCUCCAGCAGUGGGAUUGAAGGGAAAGAGUGAAGAGAACCCAGAGGCCAAGGCCCGAGCAGCAGGCAUCGUCUUCAGACAGCAGUACCUGGAGAGGCCCAUCAACAUUGCUUGCACUGCGGGAAUCUUCGACCCCUACAUCCCUCCAGAGGGUGACGCUCGUCUGUCCACUCUGUCUAAAGAAGGCCUGAAACAACGAACUGAACAGAUUCGACAGAGCGCCGCCUCACAAUUAGCGAUUCGUAAAGUCAAAGAGCACGACUCUGAGUUCAAAACGAAGGAUUUUGCAGAGCGAGCUCAAGAAAUCUUUAUCGAGGCUCACAACGCCCUGACACAGUUUAACAAGGAGAAACUUCAUUCCUUGGUGACAGAAAGAUGUUAUCCGGAGAUGACAAGAGGCAACCGCUACAAGACGAUUCGCUGGAGGUUCGUCGAGUCCCUGGAGCCGCCCAGAGUGGUCCAUGCCCGCUGCCCUGACAUGGUCACCAAAGGCAACCUGUACGGCCAGGUGACGGUCCGCAUGCACUCCAAGCAGACUCUGGCCAUCUACGAUCGCUUCGGGCGGCUGAUGCUGGGCAGUGAGGAGCACUCGAAGGACGUCUUGGAGUAUCUGGUCAUAGAACGACACCUCAUCAACCCCUACGGACGAUGGAGGUUACACGGAAAAAUAGUGCCAUCCUGGGCUCCUGCCAAGGACCCAAUUAUUAAGACGGUCAUCAUUCCUGGUCCAGAGCUGAAACCAGGGCAAGAAUUUGACGCCCUCAACUAUGAAGUCCCCAAACCAGCGGCAGUACAGUGGUAUAAAUAGUCCACCGGGUGGCACUGCUCUUUUUAGCAAACCUCAGCUCACAUUAUUAGCAGUCAUGGGCCAGAUGCUGUUAAAAAUUUGGCUGUGGCUGGUUAUAGUUUGUCCACUUUGGCAGGAAACUGGGCUUCUUACUGUUUGAAAAAGGAUUUUGGCUGUUGAGACACUGGAAGCAGCAGGUGAGUUUAAGGAUGAACAAACUGCCGUGUCCUGAAGCCAAUGAAGCUGCUUCUUUCUCUACAGAAUAUCACACGAGUCUGGAAUAAUAACAACGCCUUCCAUGGCUACGGUUUUGUGUCGCACAUUUUUAUGUCGUCUUCAUGAGAGAAACUUAAUGUGUACAUGCAAGAAAUAAAAUGUACAGAUCAACAGAAA